AUGCUGGCAGAGGGAAGCGCCGGAACCCGUAGAUCACACGUGGAGGGAGUAUGUGAGUCUCGUUCUGAAAGAACUCGCUGCCGAGGAACCACCUCUCUUGAUUCAGGCUUACAAGCCAGAGCCCACGCCUGCCUUGAUCAGCAAGCCAGCGCUGCCGACUUCGUCCGCCCGAAGGAGGAGGAGGAGAAGGGGGGCUUCUGCUCUCCUGCCUACGCCUGCCAUGGCAUUACAGUGAAAGGUCUCUCUGAUCCUUUGGUUGUUCCUCUGGGAGGUUCAGUGGUUUUGCCCUGUUUUGUUGACAAACCCUUACCAAUGGAGGAUCUGGAGGUGGAUUGGAGAAGAUCAGACUCAGAGACUCUGAUUCAUCUGUAUCAAGAUGGUGAGAGUCGACCAGAGGUCCAGCAGCAGGAUUAUCAUGAUAGAGCUCAUUUCUUUACUGACCAGAUUCAACAUGGAAACUUCUCCCUCCUGUUGAACAAUGUGACAGCUGAAGAUGAGGGAAAGUACAGAUGUAAAGUUUUCAGUGGGCAGGAUUCUGGUGAAACUGUGGUCGAAAUAAAACAUGUUGAGCGUUUAAUAGUCUCGGGAUCAGAUCACUCCAUAUCUGCGUAUGCGGGUGAAGACGUCACUCUGAACUGCUCUGUGGACUCUCACAUCACACCUGAAGAGAUUGAAGAGCUUUCAUGGAAGAAAACAGAUAAAGAUGGAGAUAUUCUGGUCCUGCUCUACCAAAACAAUGAACCAUUACCCGAAUCAUCACAUGAGCAAUACAGAGACAGAGUUGAGUUCUUCACUGAUGAAAUCUCCAAAGGAAACUUCUCUCUCAGACUGAAGAGUGUCAGAACUGAAGAUAAAGGAGUUUAUAUGUGUCAAGUGUUUGCUGGAGGAGUUUCAGCCAACACAACUGUAGAACUGGUACAACUGGGUUUGUCUGUUUUACACAUAAUGGUGUUGAUUCUCUGUAUCACUGCUGCUGGAGCUGCACUUGUGCUCUGUUUAAUCUACUUCACAUCACAGAAAAAAGAUUCAGUCCUCCGUCUUCACGUGUUUCUGGCCUUUUGUCCAAAUAUCAUCAUGUUUUGUGCUUUUGUGUUCUGGGGUGUUUCUGAAGGAUCUGUGAACGAGACAGUUUGUUGUUGUGCUCUUUAUAUUCUGAGACCUCUAAUGUUGCUCUGGGCCGCUCCAUAUGUUACAGACUUCACAGGUCACAUUAAUAAACUGAUUUUGGAUCACAGUUGCGUUGCAGAAUAUGUUUUUCUCUCAGCUGUUAUUUAUUCAGCUCUUUUAAAAUCUGCCUUUGGAAAACUUCUGAGUUAUGCAGAGACUGAGAGAGUCAUAAUAUCAGUCUUCUUUGGGAUAGUGUUUCUGUACUGCCUCUGUAAAAUCAUUUACAGUAAGUAUUUCUGUAUUAUUCUGUUCAUACAUCAUCAUGUACCAGUGACAUGUUGAGAAAAUGAUAUUAAACCGUGU